GAAGAAACCAGUGGCAGAGCAGCAGUCUGGACGGUGGCGCAGAAAGGGGAGAAAAAACACACCGAUGGGGGAUGAAUGAGGAGGUUCCGGACGGGGGGGCAUGGCCGGGGCGGCCCCCCGCACGCCACCGAGCUGCUGCUGCUUCUCCCUGGGGGCACAGCUGACCACUUCCCCACCUCCUCUUCUCACAACACCGCCUCCUCAUCCCCUCACAGACCAUGGAUGAGACCAAGCUGACAGAGACCCCUCUCCUGGCUCCGUCGCCUCUCCUGGAACGGCGGGUUCGGCAGCGGCAGUCCACCUGUUCGGUCCUCAAGUCGAAGCUGAGGGACAGCGCCACCUGCUCGGUUUCCAGAGUCCGUUCCACCCUGACGGGAUUCUUCCCGGUGGUGCGCUGGCUGCCCAAGUACAGGCUCAGGGAGUACAUCUGGGGCGAUGUGAUGUCCGGCUUGAUUGUGGGCAUCAUCUUAGUGCCGCAGGCCAUCGCCUACUGUCUGCUGGCCGGAGUGGAGCCCAUCUACGGAUUGUACACCUCAUUUUAUGCCAACAUCAUCUACUUCCUCAUGGGAACGUCGAGGCAUGUGUCUGUGGGCAUCUUCAGCCUCAUGAGCCUCAUGGUCGGCCAGGUGGUGGACAGGGAGGUGUUCCUGGCAGGUUUUGACCCCAACGAGGACUCAACGUCUAGUCCCGACUUGUUUAAUAGCACAUUGGGCGCUAACUUCACAGACGGUAAAGUGUACAGUGUCGAGCUCAUGGGCAUGCAGUGCGGGAAGGAGUGUUACGCGAUCAGCAUCGCCGCUGCCGUCACGUUUCUGGCUGGCAUUUAUCAGGUCCUGAUGGCAGUGUUUCGUCUGGGAUUCGUCUCCGUCUACCUUUCGGCUCCAAUGCUUGAUGGGUUUGCCACAGGAGCUUCCUUCACAAUCCUGACUGUGCAAGCCAAGUACCUGCUGGGCGUUAAAUUUCCCCGUCACCAAGGCUACGGCACAGUGGUUGUUACGUGGAUUAACAUCUUCUCUAACAUCCACAUGACCAACCUGUGUGACCUCGUCACCAGCGCCAUCUGCAUUUCAAUAUUAGUGGCAGGGAAAGAGCUCCAGGACCGCUACAAGGACCGUCUGAAGGUCCCUCUGCCCACAGAGCUACUGGUGGUUGCAGGAGCCACACUGGCCAGCCAUUUUGGGGAGUUGAACAGCAAAUACGGCUCCAGCGUUUCUGGUCACAUCCCCACUGGGUUUAUUCCUCCACAAGUGCCCAGCUUCAGCCUGAUGCCACGCGUUGCACUCGAUGCCAUUCCUUUAGCGGUCAUCAGUUUUGCCUUCACGGUGUCGCUGUCCGAGAUGUUUGCAAAGAAAAAUGGCUACACCGUUCGUCCCAAUCAGGAGAUGCUGGCCAUUGGCCUCUGCAACAUCAUCCCUUCCUUCUUCCACUGUUUCACCACCAGCGCAGCGCUGGCAAAGACCAUGGUGAAGGACUCAACCGGCUGUCAGACUCAGGUGUCGAGCCUGAUCAGCGCUCUGGUCGUCCUUCUCGUCCUCCUCUUCUUCGCUCCGUUCUUUUACUCACUACAGAAAUGCGUCCUUGCUUGCAUCAUCAUCGUCAGCCUUCGCGGGGCGCUGAGGAAAUUCAGGGAUGUCCCGGCCAAGUGGCGAGCCAGCCGAAAUGACGCCAUCGUUUGGCUGGUUGCGAUGUCAGCCACGGCUCUGAUCAGUGUGGAGAUGGGCCUCCUGGUCGGAGUUGUCUUUUCCAUGAGCUGCAUUAUCUUUAAGACCCAGAACCCCAAGGUGUCUCUCCUGGGCCGGGCCAGUGACACAGAUCUUUACGAGGAUUUGGAGGAGUACAAGAACCUCACGCCGCCUUCCCGGGUCCAUGUCUUCCGCUUCCAGGCUCCUCUGUUCUACGCCAACAAAGACUCUUUCCUCAAGUCCCUCUACAGAUCUGUCGGAGUUGAACCCUUCUUAGAGCUCACCAAGAGGAGAAAGGCAGAGAAGAAGGCCAAAGAGAUGUCCGCCAAACAGGCGGCCGCUAACGGAGACAAAAGCAACGGCGAGGUCGUCGUAGGGUUCGCCCAAAGAGACCUGGAGUUCCACACGAUCGUCCUAGACUGCUCUGCCGUGCCUUUCAUUGACUCGACGGGCAUGGCCACUUUUAAAGGACUGCUCAAGGAAUAUAAAGAGGUCGGCGUGGACGUGCUCCUGGCCGGCUGCAACACCUCCGUCAUCGACACCCUGCGGAAAGGCCAGUUCUUUGGGAAGAACGACUCGGACAUGAGCAGCCUUCUGUUUCACACAGUUCAUGCUGCAGUUCUUCAUGCAAACAGUGGACAGUCAGCAGUGGAGAGUGGGACACACGACUCUGUGGUGUAGGUCUGACAAACGUUGAAAAAAGAAAAAAAAAAUGAUAGUGUUCUCAACUUCUUACCAGUUUGUGCCUAAAAGUGAUUUUAGACAGUA